AUGAAGAAGCUCGCCAGCAUAGCUGAAGGCAACAUGGUUCUCAAGUACCAGCUUAUCUCUGAGGACCUCGAUGCCCUAAUUACCGUCAAGUCCGACGAGGACAUCCUCCACAUGCUCGAGGAGUACGACCGCUACAAGCUCUCCUCUGGCCGCCCAAAGCUCCGUGCCUACCUAUUCCCCUCCACCCCAAUAAUCCCAGAACACCAUGAUGCCAUAGACGCCCGUUCUCCCGAGGAACGCUACAUUGAUGCUGUCAACGGCUUUUCCCUUAUCACCCGCCAGCACUCCCUCAGCAGCGACCGCCCUGACUUCUUCAUCGGCUUCAACUCCUCUGCCGGCUCAUUCCCCAAGUCAACGGAGAGCACCAAGAUUGACACCUCCCGCCUUGAAUCAAUAACACCAACUUUUGGGUACCCAAAAGAUCUGCACUUAUUCACAAAGUCAGAGCUCGCCAAGCAUUUGUAG